AUGGGUUCCAUGGAAGAGAGCGGUUCAUUUGAAGAUGAUCUUCGUUUUGCUCUCUUCUCAUCUGCUGCCUCACGUCACCAUAGAACCCGUCAACUCCACCAGCAACCUUCGACGGAGCAUUCAUCCAACAAUUCGAAUAACAAUGGAAAUAGUUCCAAUACUCUGAACCCAUAG